GUUCUGGUCUGGUUGACUCUACCUUCACCUUUUCUUCUGAAGGUUUCUUAUCGGUAUAAUAUUAAGCCAUCAUUCUAGCUGCAGGAAUCAGGAGGAUUUAGGGCCUUAAGUCAGCCCCGAUUGAGCAAUGAAAGAUUGUUCUUGAAUCUCGACACGAGUUUGAAAUGUCAGCAAAAAGCCUGGAAGUUUAGAGUAAUUGGAGAGAGAAGUUACAUAGUCAUUGAAGGUUCAGUGCUGAAGUGCUAAACAAUGAUGGCCGAUGAGGAUAGAAACCUAGUGGAAAUCUUGGAGGAGCAUAACGAAGUUGACAUUGCGAAAUAUAUCAAUUAUGUAAGUGCCCCAGAGGCAGGUGCUAUUUCAACGUUUUCUGGUACCACGCGCGACACCUUUGAUGGCAAAACAGUUUUGGAGUUGAGAUAUGAAGCAUACGUUCCUAUGGCAAUACGCUGCAUGAAAUCCAUUUGUUCAUCGGCUAGAUCCUCCUGGAAUCUUGUCUCCAUUGCAGUUGCCCACCGCCUUGGCCCAGUUCCUGUUGGUAAAACGAGCGUUUUCAUUGCGGUCUCAUCUGUUCAUCGAGUUGAUUCAUUAGAUGCUUGUAAGUUUAUAAUCGAUGAGAUAAAGGCAUCAGUUCCAAUAUGGAAGAAGGAGGUCUAUGCUAAUGGAGAGGUUUGGAAGGAGAAUUCUGAGUUCUUGAACCGGAGGUUGGAUUUUGAGAGAAAAGAUGUCAUUCGUAAUGAGAAAGACUUUGAAGCACAAAGACAUGUUAGGAAGAGCUGCUGUGGUGCUAAGGUAAAGGUUGUGGAAGAAGGAGAUUCUGGAAUUUGCAAACAUGAAGCUCACCAAGACUUGUAAGAAACUCAACCCUUUGUUAGAAAAGAGACAACAGUUCAUCAAAUAAAGCAGUUGAAGAGGAAUAUUUGGUAUAAACCGCGAUCAUGAGUCUCAUUUGGAGGAUUUUGAAAUCAGAGAAGUUAUGAAGUGCCACCAGUAUUCAUUGAAUCUUUUUACCUUGUUGUAUAAGAAUCUUAAUGCUGCAAUGAAGCUGAGCUGUAAACUCUGGUUUCAUCCAUAUUUCAACUUAUCAGUUCUUAUACGCCACAAUAACCUGGCCCUUGGAGCAAGCAUAAGAAAUUUUUACAUGACAUUCUUUUCUUCAGGGCAAAUAUGUGAAGGCCUUCUUUUCUUGUACUCAAGUAACCCCCAAAUCGUGUUCUGUUAAGUGCACACCUCAUGUAUUUCGAGUAUUAUACAUCGAACUCAUGCUUUUGGAGUCUUAAAACGAAGAAAAAAACACUUUCUGUUUGUCUACUUUAGUAAAAGUUAGAAGAUGAGGAGCUCAUCUUGUUUGG